AUGAACGAGUCAGGACCAAUCCAAAUUGCCCUAUCGAAGUGCUCGGUUCCUUCGUGAAGAUAGGGGGAAAAGACAGAAAAAAGGAACCAUGUCGACGAGCAGCUAAUGAACAAAAACCCACGAAGAAUCUCGACGCCGUCGGAUUAUUACAUGAACAGAGAAUUAUAACGUCGCGGGUGCUUUGGAUUACACUAUGAAGAGUGACAAAUGGAUUUGGCAAUGGCUCGAACAUAUUGAAUAGCUCGUGUCUGUCUGUGUGUGCGGGGGGGAGGAAAGACAUUUCAGCGAGAAUUGUAAGCAACGAUAGGAAGACAAUACGCCUGUGAAACCUCUCACCUUUUCUCACCCAGAUAGCCCUCUGAAGUAUUCUUUAAUGGCUCUCCUGUCUGUCUCUCCUCCGCGUCUUUUUUCCGACCGCACCACUCAUAAAACAAUCGAGGUCGAAUCGCCGUAGCCUGCCAUUAAGUCCUGAUACGACCGUUCGGGUGUCAGAAUCUGCUUUUUAGUACCUAUACUGACAACCUUUGGGUGUUUGAUACAGACGUUUGAACAUGGAUUUUAACGGCAGCGGGGGAGGGAACGAGCUCCACAACAACCAGUUCUAUCAGUCCGAGGAAAGCAAGCCUUUACUGGGAGAGAUGUCUUCACCGCCACCGCCAGAGGGUAAUAACAAUAAGCUGGUCGCCGGGCCAUGUCGAAGGACUCUUCACUGCAGCAGUGGGAUGCGUUACAAACUGCUCCAGGAGGGAGAUAUUCAGGUGUGCGUGAUUAAACACCCUCGCACUUUUCUAAGCAAGAUCCUCACGUCGAAAUUUCUGAGGAGGUGGGAGCCGCACCAUCUCACCUUGACGGAGAGCAGUCUGGUGUCCGCAACGCCGACGGGCUACAUGGAGUCAGCGCUGUCCUACAGCUCCAUCGAGGACGUGCAGCUGCUGUCGUGGGACAACGCGCCCAAGUACUGCGUGCAGCUCAGCUUCCCCGGAGGAACCGUCCUGCUGCAGGCGGCCAACAGUUACCUGCGUGACCAGUGGUUUCACUCUCUACAGUGGAAGAAAAAGAUCUAUAAGUACCGUAAGGUUCUGAGUAACCCCAGCAGGUGGGAGGUGGUUCUGAAGGAGAUCCGGGCGCUGGUGGACAUGGCUCUCACCUCCCCCCUCCAGGACGACUCCAUCCACCAGGCGCCCCUACACAUCAUCUCCACACUGCUGGCAGAGAACACUACGCUCAGCACACAAGACCACGAGAACAUUAUUGUGGCCAUUGCCCCUCUCCUGGAAAACAAUCAUCCCCCACCGGACCUUUGUGAAUUCUUUUGCAAGCACUGUCGGGAGCGCCCUCGCUCAAUGGUGGUCAUCGAAGUGUUCACUCCCGUGGUUCAGAGAAUCCUCAAACACAACAUGGACUUUGGGAAGUGUCCGCGGUUGCGCCUCUUUACUCAGGAGUAUAUUCUGGCUCUGAACGAGCUCAAUGCCGGCCUGGAGGUCGUCAAGAAGUUCAUCCACAGCAUGCAUGGCCCCACAGGUCAGUGCCCCCACCCCCGCGUGCUGCCCAACCUGGUGGCCGUGUGUCUGGCAGCCAUCUACUCCUGCUACGAGGAGUUCAUCAACAGCCGUGACAACUCCCCCAGCCUGAAGGAGAUCCGUCUUGGCUGCCAGCCCAACAGCGAGCGCAAGCCCCCCAUGCCACUCCGCCUGCUGCGCCAGGAGCCCCCUACGCCCCCCCCUGGCGCCCCCCAGCCGCCCCCCGUGGUGGCCCCCACGCCACUCUCCUCCCCCCCCACCUCCGCCGGCCCCGCUACCCUGCCCCCCCUCCCCGCUCCCCCCAUCGUCAACUCCAGCGAGGUGCUGGUGGAGCUGGAGCGCAGUAACAACGCGGCCAACACGCGGCGCUCCGCCACCACCGGGCCCGCGGGGGGCGACAGCGAGCCCAACCUGAUCGACUGCCUGAUGGUCAGCCCCGCGCUCAGCGCCCUCGCCAUCCAGCUGCCGGCGCACGCCGACCGCACGCUGGGAUGCUUCGCACUCAUCCUCAAGAUGCUGUCCGACUACGAUGACUGGAGACCAGCCCUGGCCAGCCUGCUGCAGCCAAUCCCCUUCCCCAAAGAAGCCCUCGCACAUGCCAAAUUCACAAAGGAGCUGAAGCACGUCAUCCAGAGGUUUGCUGAGGACCCGCGGCAAGAGGUGCACUCCUGCCUCCUGAGUGUGCGCUCUGGGAAGGACGGCUGGUUCCAGCUCUACAGUCCUGGGGGCGUGGCCUGUGAUGACGACGGGGAGCUGUUUGCCAGCAUGGUGCAUAUCCUGAUGGGCUCGUGCUAUAAGACCAAGAAGUUCCUGUUGUCUCUGGCGGAGAACAAGCUUGGCCCCUGCAUGCUGCUGGCUCUCCGAGGGAACCAGACCAUGGUGGAGAUCCUGUGUUUGAUGCUGGAGUACAACAUCAUUGAGAACAAGGACACGCAGCUGCAGCUGGUCUCCACGCUGGAGAGCACACAGAGCGGCCUGCGCAUGUACGAGCAGCUCUAUGACCGCCAGAGGGAACUCAAGGAGCUGCAAAGAAAAGGAGGACCAACUCGCCUCACACUGCCCUCCAAGUCCACGGAUGCUGACCUGGCUCGUCUGCUGAGUUCUGGUUCCUUUGGCAACCUGGAGAGCUUGAGUCUGGCCUUCACCAACGUCACCAGUGCCUGUGCCGAACAGCUCAUCAAGCUGCCCUCGCUCAAACAGCUCAACCUCUGGUCCACGCAGUUUGGGGACGCGGGCCUGCGGUUGCUCUCGGAGCACCUGGCGUGUCUGCAGGUGCUCAAUCUGUGCGAGACGCCCGUCACCGACGCGGGACUGCUGGCCCUGAGCUCAAUGAAGAGCCUCUGCAGCCUCAACAUGAACAGCACCAAACUCACAGCUGACACCUUUGAAGACCUAAAGGCCAAACUUCCCAACCUGACAGAGUUCGAUGUGCGCUACACCGAGGCCUGGUGAAGAGCCCGCCUCCCUCCUGUUGGCACCUGUCUCCUGCCGCCCCUAACUCCGCCCCUAACUCCGCCCCCCAACUCCUCCUCCUACUCCAGCCCACACCGACACCUUCCAAAAUCAACUCAUCCACCCCCAACCAGUCAUCCACCCACCACCCCCUC